AGCAAAUACGCUGACCAAACUUACCUAAAUGUUCCCUUAUUUUUGUGCGAGGACCUAACUGUUUCCUAGACCGCAAGGCACAACAAGAAUUGAUGUAUCACAGUGCUGUCAAGGAAAGUCAUAAAGAGGACUGUAGGAAGUAGGCUGCUACCGUGCUACGUGAUGGCAGAAUUGUACACAGGCAAGGCGGUCUUUCAGUGCAUAUGACUUGUGCUCUUGGACCAAGAGAACAAGAAACAUAGAGGAAGCCUGAACCCGGCGACGGUGUACAAAAUCGGGUUUGUUGUCUCCCAGUUUGGCUUAUUCUGCACACUAGAAACCACGAACAACAUUCUCCUCCCUGGUCUCCAACCCCUCUCUGUCUCUCGUCAGGAUGGCGCCGCAGAAGGUGGUCCUGAAGGUUUCUUCUAUGAGCGACGAGAGAGUGAAGCAGAAAGCAAUGGAAACUGUUGCAGAUAUCUAUGGUAUUGACUCGAUAGCCGCCGAUCUCAAAGAUCAGAAGAUGACGGUGAUAGGUGAUAUGGACACCGUCACGAUCGCCAAGAGGUUAAGGAAGUUCGGGCGGAUCGAUAUCCUCUCUGUUGGGCCGGCCAAAGAAGAGAAGAAGGAUGACAAGAAAGGGGACAAGAAGUGAUCAAACAUGGUACUCCUAUGUUCGAUCCCGUGGAUCUCUGUCUCUUCUUCUCGAUCUCCAGGGUGAAUUUUUUGUUUGCUUUACAGUGUAUGUAGUAAAGUAUCCAAGAUUAAUCUUAGGUGAUUCUUUUCCUGUAUAAUUAUUCGGA